AUUUUUUUGCAUAUAUUGUAAAAAAUUUGCUGUGCCAAUACUUUGUUCCGGCAGUGUACAUACAUACAUACCAAGGCAUAUUGAAUAGAUAGCAGCAGUAUAGCAGCUGAUUUGAAUUUUUCGUGAAUUUUGUCUCUAAAUUGUUAUUUUUGUUUACAUUUUACCUAAAAAUGUCAUAUUUUGUUAACCCUAUUAGACUUAUUACAGGCCACAAGCAACAACAAAAUACAUACACGCAACUGAUUGUGUUGGAUCUGAUGCUAUUACCAGUUCAAUGCGUCUUGGCAUAUGUACCCGCUGUUGCACUGCAAAACUUUGAUGCUUCCGCUGUUGCUGCUGCCGUCUCCUCGAACAACACAUUAGUCGCCGUUAGUCAGUUUGCAAUUUGGCUACUUUGCGAUUUGCACCUUACAUACUACAAUGACGUAGGUAUUAACAUUUCAUCGAUGCGAUGCCGUUGCAGUUAUCAUCAUCAUCAUCAUCAUCAACGGAGCCAACGAAACCGAUGCCUCAUAGCUUUUUGGUAGUCAUCGUCUUCGACGCUAUCACUAUAAUAACCGUAAUCGUGCUCGUUGUUGCCGUGAAUACUCGUGUGACUCAAUAAUCGCA